GGCUGUAGUUGUGCGUGGGCUUGUCACUGUGUAGUGUCGGUACCUGGUGGCACUGUCGUUUGAGCUGAGUGCAGUUGCGGCUCAUUCCCAGUUUUCGCUGCGUGCCGCAGCCUCGCAGUCGUACCGGCGGCGUGAACUCCCAUCGCGAGCAUAGCGGUGUUGUAUGGUUGUACGACUACGCGCGUCCUGCACGGCGGUGGCGUCAUGGCACUAUCCACUCUCAAAGUCAAUUCCGAUGUCAUCAAGGCUGUCAAGGGGGCAUCAAGACGGUAUGCGGAGCGCCUUGCAGCUGAAGAGCGACCAUCAAAGCGUAUGCGUAUAGAUGCAGAGCAAAGUUCACCGAAUGUGGAACUUACCAAUGACCAAGCCAAAAAGGAAGUGGCUGAGGCAGAACGGAUGAUUAAAAAUGUUGACUUGUUGAUUCAGCGGGGCAUGAAGUUGAAGAACUUCUCUGACAUCGAGAGUGGGCGAGCAGUGCUUGCUCAAGCACGAAAAAAGAUGGCCGAGUGUAUGCCACACUUGCAUGCGGAGAAAAAAGGGAAGAAAGCUUAGUGUGUUUCAUGCAAGUGACAUUCAUGUAUUGUGUACCUGCGUCUUUGUGCCAACCAGUCUUCAUAUAUUUGUGAUCCUAGGCUUUGUUUAAAGCUUGCAUUAGUUGCGCCGUCAUUGAACUCAUGCGCACACUGUAUUUAAUACUUCAUUUUAUUGUAUAAUAAAAGCAUUAAAACGCCA